UAAAACACCAGGACCUAAACAAACACAAACUGUCUGAAAGAGUGACACACAGUGUAGCGUGAGCGAAACUUGCUCACUCAUGGAUGUGUAUGACGAAGGAAAGGGGGAAUAUUAAUUCGUUCCAGUAGAUGGACAUCUACCUGACUUUAUUUUCAUGUGUUUUGCUUCAGGGAAAAUGGGUUACUGUCUGUGUCAGAAAUUACGCCCACGAUACCUUGGAUUGACUGCUGUUUGAAGGCUUCUUGACUUGUUGUAACGAAAGUUUUAAAAGUUAGAGGUAGAAUCUAGAUCUAGAAGGCAAGACAAAUCAGUCCUUGUUCCGAAUAAUCUGACAUCCGAUCGACACCCAGAGAUUCAAAUAAAAAGACCAAAAUGUGUUUUGGAAUUGGAUUAGGAUGUUGUAUAGAAAUCUUGCCAUAUCUUUGUUUGGUUUGUGUGCCUAUUUUGGGCUCUUUCUGUGGUGUGGAAACAAUCUACAGACUUGCCAUUUAUUUGAUGCUACAUGGGGUCCUAGUGGAAUGCAUUCCGAAAAUAUUGUUCAGCGUGAUCCCAGUGCUGAACCUUCUACUGCUUGGGCUGCUGAUGUACCUGCCUGUGUCACUCACUCCGUGGCCUGUUAUCUGGCUCUUCGACAAACUCAUAUGGGCUUCAAAUCCAGUCUUUAUGAUUUCAGAGGUUGUGCUGGUGCAAAAUUUUGUAAUGCGACGAAGUCAGCUAGCUGCUGACCAGAUUGAACAGGAUGAUGACUCUGCUGUUGCCUACAAGGCUGCCAUUCUUCUGUUUUCCUCUCUGUGUUAUGCUGUGGCUGCGUCACUGGCCUACCACAUCUACACACAUGCCACAGGAAGCCAGAUUCUGUGUCUGUUUGUAACUCUGAGCAUCCUGAUUGCAAUUCACAACAUGAUGUGGAUGGCUCACGAAGGUAUAAUCAGUGACUGCGCCUUUUGCAGUCUGGUCAGCAUCACUGUCCUGUACAUCAUGGUGUUUGAGACACAGCAGAUCAGCUCUCCAUUACCAGAGCCACUUAUCUGGAAAAAAACUUCAUUCACAAGAUCUAGCUUUGUAAGCAUUAUCUACUGGAUUCUCAAUGUGAGUUCAGCAAACGCCCAGAGGUCCAUCCUGUACCUGCAUCGUUUCUUCAGCCCCUUCUUCCUGGGCCUGCUAGCUGUGAGAUUGUGGAGCAUUCUUUUUAUCGCCAACAAAAUGACCAGGAAUUUUUUUACUGACAGGGGCAAUGGUGAGUCUGAAGAUAUGGAGACUGUGAUUCAAGAUUUUGACGAAAGGGACAAAAAUCCAUGGAGGUCUCCACUUCUGUUGAAGCUCUCAAUAAUAUUCAUGUUGUCUCAGUUUACUGCAAACUUCGUGCUAGAGUGGAGCGGCCACGACACUUCCUUCUCGUGGCUGUCGGCUGUCACUAAACGUGUUUGGCCGUCAGAGGUUCUCAUUGGCCGCAUGAUGCAGAUUCUGUGUGUAAACUGUUUCUACACAUGGAGAUUGUACCGGGCCGAGGACUGGACGUGGAACUCAUGGCUCACUCCUUGAGGUGCUGAAUACAGCUAAUCAUUUUUUAAAAAAAUAAGUUUUAAUAAGUUACUUUGGUCAUAUCGUCAUGGUCAUAACAUAACUGCGUAAGCCAUUUUUGGGGGUUUAUUUUGAGAAAUCUUAAAAUUAAAAUACAGUUGUUAACGUUAGUCAACUUCUCAGCAAAAGUGAAAAUGUCUCUUAGAUUAUGUAUUUAUACGGGUUUUUGCCAGCAGUUCCCCACGAGAUCAAUAAAAUGUAAUUUAUUUAUUGAAUUUAUUAUUAUUAUCACUAGAUAAUGAGUUCAUGAAACAAAACCAUUUUAUGUUUGGAUACAUAUGAAACAAACGUGCAUUUUUACAGCACCAAAUCUAUAAACCUUAUGAAAAUGACCUUUUCAAUAAUAUUUUAUGACCAUGACCAUAUGAUGUGAUGAAGUCAGACUUGAGAAAGAGCUGUUGUCACUGAAACAGAAUUCUUGGAUUUCUUGUAAAAAUUUACAAUUCCUCUUGAUUCUCCACAUACUUGUAGCUACUGAUACUUUUAUUUACCAUUCAAGUAGGCCUAUGUGAGAUUUGCCAUUGUUUCUGUGAUCAUAAUAAAUUAAUUGGAUCAACUUACCAUGAUAGUAAUAAUGAUAAA